AUGGAACAUCAGAAUAAUUUAUACUUAACUGUUUUUCUUCUACCAUACAUUUUAACCAUUGCUAUGAAUACACUUGUAAUCUUUGUUAUUUACAAAGAACGAGCCCUACAUGAACCUAUGUACAUUUUCAUUUGCAAUUUAUCAUUUAAGCUUUCCUGCACUAGCACGUUUGUAAAUAACAUUGUUGGGCUUCUUACAAUGGGUGUGUAUAUGUUCCCUCAACUCCUUGUCAUUUUGUUUUCAUAUGCUCAAAUACUAAAAAUUUGCAUACAUGCAUCCAAGGAGUGUCGAAAGAAAGCCCUUCAAACAUGUAUACCACAUUUGUUGACAGUUAUAAACUAUUUUUUUUGGUGCUUGUUUUGA